UCUGGAGUCAUCUAGAUAACACAGUCGGUGUCAAAAACCAUUGCCUAUAAUAAAAAAAGUGUGAAUUGUGCCGCCAAAUUUUAAAUGUGACAUGUGAAAGUGUUCGAAAUUCAAAAGUGAGGUGUAUGUUUUUUAAAAGUGAUACUGGAAGAUGAAAAUGAACAUGGAGAGCUUAGCGGUGCAGCUGUUCGACGCUGGGGCGGUGAGGCUCGGAGACAUAGAGGCGAAGGUUGGACGGCACACGCCUAUAUAUUUCGACCUACGAGUCAUAGUAUCACACCCGAAGAUGAUGAACGCAGUAUCACAGCAACUUUUGGAACUGUCAUCUGAAAUAGAGCACGACAUCCUGUGCGGUGUCCCCUACGCGGCGCUGCCAUUUGCAGCCGUCAUGUCAGUCAACGGGAACACUCCCAUGAUAAUGAAAAGAAAAGAAACAAAACUGUACGCAACCAAAAAGAUCCUGGAGGGCGUGUACAGAAAGAACCAGAAAUGCCUCGUCGUCGAGGACGUAGUGACAUCUGGCGGUAGCUUGUUAGAAACAGUUGGAACGCUACGAAACGAGGGCCUACAGGUCACUGACGCUGUCGUAGUUCUGGAUAGAGAACAAGGUGGCGUUAGUGUGCUGAAGGCAAAUGGUGUUAACGUCAAGUCGAUAUUUACAAUGACGAAUUUGGUGAGCAUACUGCGAAACGCUGAGAGAAUUAACGAUGAAACCGUUGAAAUCGUGUCGGAUCAUAUCAAGGAAUGUCAAUUUGGCCUAAAUGAAGCCCUAGAAAGGAUUCUCGUUAAGGAAAACGGAGUAUUGGCGAACUAAUAGGUUAAUUAAUAAUUAUAAUAUAGGGGACUAGCUAUAUGAACUAAACGCGUGUUUUAUAAUGUCUUAAAGUAUAUGAUACUCUGCAUUAGAACGUAUACUUAUGUUAUGCUUCAGGAUGUUUGCUUAUUUUAGUGAAAACAUGAUGUUACAGAUUUGAUACGAUAGAAAUACAAGAAGUAAACAUUUCUUUCAACUAUUUCUAUUAAAUCGUGCUACAAUACGAGAAAUCAUUUACAGUAAUUUAAUAGUGAAUAAUUUUCUAGCCCAAUCAAAAGAUUUUUUGUAAAUCACGAAUUAUUAUUUCGGCACAUACUCGUGUAUGUGUGUGUGGGCCGAAAUCGAUGAUCGGUUAUUGUAUAAAUGUGUGCGUGCGUAAUUGCUCGUGUAGUCUCCUUUAAUUUUAUACUAAAUAAUUUGUUAUUGUGUACGUGCUUAUUUAUGUACCUAAUUAUUUAAGACGAUACAAAU